AUGACCCUGUUGGCCUCCGAGCGCUCCAUGCUGAUCCGCAGCAAGUUCCGAUCCGUGCUGCAGCUGAGGAUGCAGCAUCGCAGAUCCCAGGAGCAGCAUCUCCUGACACCUCUGACCAAGCCCCCCCCAACCUACCUGGAGGUGAACGGGACCCCAGAGCAGAGCCGGGCCGACGAGACCCUGAAGGUGAAGGUCCAGACGAGAACCCACAAAGUGGGAGCUGCCAAGGGCCAGUUCACAGAAGAGUCUGGGGGGGACCCCACAGAGCGGAAGGAGAAGAAGACGCGUCUGGCCGAGGAUCUGAAGGAGAAACUCCUGCAACGGCCGGGGCCACUGGAACUCGUGACGAAAAACAUCCUUUCCCUGGACGCCAGCCUCAAAGAUGCUGUGAAAGCUGAUCCAGCCCCUGCUGCCCCUGGGACCUUCCUAUUAGACGAGGAUCUCAGCAGCUCGUCAUCGUCAUCGUCGUCCUCCUCUACUUCCCCGCGCUUCACCCCCUGCCUGGGGGGCCCCCCCGGCAACCCAUCCCCCCCCUCGGCCUCAGGGGCCGCUGUCCAGUCAGAGCAGCUGUCGAUCCUGGAGUCCCAGCCCCCGUCAGCGCUUGCCCCGGACCCCGAAUCCCAACCUCCUGGGGGCGGUCCCCCGGCUAAGGCCCCGGCCUUGCUGCCCAAGGGCCCCCCACGCCCCAAGAAGACGAAGGAUCCCAAGCCCAAGGUGAGGAAGCUGAAGUACCAUCAGUACGUGCCCCCUGCGGCCCGGCCCCCCCGGGCCCCGGCCCCCCUGGACGCCGCCUACGCCCGCCUGCUCCAGCAGCAGCAGCUCUUCCUCCAGCUCCAGAUCCUGCAGCAGCAGCAGCCGCCGGUCCCCCCGGGGUCCCCCGCAGCGCUGUGUGUGCCGGCCCUGCACCCCCUGACCCCCCCCACCCCUCCCACCCCUCCUGUGCCCCCCAAGCCUGAGCUGCUGCCCGCCAACCUGGAUGACCUGACAGUGUCAGAGCUCCGCCAGCAGCUGCGCCAGCGCGGGCUGCCAGUGUCGGGCACCAAGCCAGCCCUGCUGGAGCGGUUGAAGCCCUUCCAGCAGCGGCUCAUCGACAGCCUCACCUGGGAGCUGCAGCGGGAGCAGCAGGAGGCCGACGACCUGCGGGAGGAGCUGCAGCUGCACAAGUGCCGGCGCGGCCGCCCGGAGGGGGAGCCCCUGCCCCCCCUCACCCCCGGCCAGCCACGGCCCCCAGACCCCCGCUGGGGAGACGCCCGAGGGCACAGUGCCCGGGAGAGAGGGGUUCCUGGUGAGAGCUGGGGGCGUGGCGUUUUUUGCCCCCCUUCCUGUGAGCCAAUCGGGGAGGACCUAGAACUGCCCCUGCAGAUCACGGCCAGCCCCGCCCCAGGCCCCCGCUCCCUGGAGGAGGAGCUGCAGGAGGCCAUCCAGAAAGCCCAGCUGGUCCCAAGUCAGUCGAUCGAAGACAUCCUGGAGGAGCCGCUGGCGUGUGCAGGUGAUCUGCUCCCCACAGAGCCACGCCGGCCCCCCUCGCCCCUCAGCCAGCAGGAGGCGCCGUGCAAGAAGCCCCGUCACACCCCGCCGGCAGCAGCCAUCUUGGAUUUCCCCGGCCACUACGACUUCCUCACCCCUCCCUCCUCCUCCUCCUCGUCCCCCUCGGACUCCCUGCGUGGGGUCUUCUCCCCGGAGCCCCUGGAGGGGCCCCCGUCGCCCAGCCCCCGGCCCGCCUUCGACCCCGUCGAUUGGCUGGAGGCCUUGACAGCUGGCCCGGCCUCGGGGCUGGGGCCCGGCACCCCCGGCGGCAGCAGCAUCUUCUCCACUGAUUUCUUUGACUCGCCUGAACUGAGCGUCAACCACAUGAUUGACCUGAUGGUGGAGCAGUGGUAG